AUGAUCAUCCUGCGGGUAGGACAGGCGGAGUUGGGACCGCGGGACAGCAAUAUCUCCCGAGCCGGCGGCUUCGCACCCACCUGCGCCCCACACCCACCUGUUUAUGCAGCGCAGCUGGCGGGGGCGGGGCCUGGGGCACUGGGCUGCCCCGUUGUCUUGCGGGCGGGACCCCGGGCUGGGGAUUCAGGGGGCAGGCAGUGGAUGAGCAAUGGGAGAACCCCAUUGCCUCGCCCCUUCCCAUCUCCAGUCCCGCCCCCAGCCGAGGCCCCGCCCCCGCAUUCCAUCGCGGACCCCGCCCCCGCCCCGUUUCCCGCUCCCCCCACCCCGCCCGCUCCCAUCCGGACCCCUGCGCUCCCUGCCCGAGCCCAGGUGAGGGGCAGCGCGGAGCUGGAGUCUGUCCCAGCGCCGUCUGUCCGCCCAGAAGUCAGGGUCCAGGUCAUGGCUCUGAGCCAGCGCUGUCUGCUGUACCUCAAAGUCCAGCUCUUCAUCUUCAACCUCAUCUUCUGGCUGGGGGGCUGUGGGGCGCUGGGCGUGGGGGUCUGGCUGUCUCUGUCCCAGGGGCGGUUCUCGGCGCUGUCACUGUCCUUCCCGUCCCUGGGCAUUGCGGGGCUCUUCCUGGCUGCCGGCGCUGUGGUCAUGGCUGUGGGCUUUGUGGGCUGCCUGGGAGCCAGCACUGAGCACCGUUGCCUUCUGCUCACGUUCUUUGUGAUUCUGGCUGCCAUUGUCCUGUUGGAGCUGGGGGGCUUCGUGGUUUUCUAUGCUUGCCGGGACAAGUUCGACAGAUAUGCCCAGGAUGACCUGAAAUCAGGGCUGAGGCGCUAUGGGACCCCUGGAGACCCUGCGCUCACCCAGGCCUGGGACACAGUUCAGACGGAGUUCCGGUGUUGCGGGGUGCAGAACUUCACCGACUGGUUCGAGAUCCAGAAUGCCACGGCCCUGCCUGAGUCCUGCUGCCUGGAACAUGGCACACCCUGCCACAGCCCCACAGCCACCUGGUGGAAGGAGCCUUGCUAUGAGAAGGUGAAGCGCUGGGUGGGUGAAAACAUCUGGGCCAUGGGCAUCUUCGCUGCCUGCAUCGGGGUUGUCCAGGUCCUUGGCCUCAUCUCCUCCAUGCUGAUGUACUGCCAGGUGCUGCAGGCAGAGAAGCACUAUGAAUGAGGGACUGCUGCCUCCACCCCCAACCUCCCCUUGGGGGGGGGCGCAGGUAUUACAGGUGUCCUCAGAGCCCCCCAAAGCCAUAAAGAGACCUGCUCCCCCCCUUGUAGAGACUGGGGGGGGGUUUGCACCAGCCUGGGGGUCCCCCAUGUACUGCCCCAGCCCCCACCACACCUCUUGGCAAAAUCCAAGGUUAAGGGCACAGCUUUCCUUACACCCCCCCCCAGCUCUUCCUGUACAGCCCCCUGUCCCACCCCAGGUUCUAAUAAACUGUCCCCCCAGUG